AUGGUGGUCGGCGUAAGCCGAACAAACGGUUUGGGCCACCGUGUUGCCGAUACACGUCUGUGUGUCGGCAACACGGUGGCCCUACUUGCUCAGGCUGCAAGGGAGGAUUGGUCUUUCUGUGGUAGUGCAAAACGGAUUGCAUCGAGACACUUGCAGCCUAUAUCUUCUGACUUAACUUUCUGCCAGCUUGCAAAGGAAGAUGCAAAGGGACUAAUCCAGGGGCGUAUAACAUACCCUAUCAUGUGUUCACAUACUGACGGUUUCUCGCAUAGGUGCUCUUCUUCUGUCCAGGGCUUUUUUGUUGCAGAGGAUGCAAAUAGACUGAUCCAGGGGCGUAUCACCUACCCUACCUCGUGCUCACGUACUGACGGUUUUUCAUAA